GUAGCAAAAUGGCUCUCAAGGCGGGUGUGCGUGUAUUCAGGCUCAAUGGAUUGCGACCAGCUGUGCGGCUCCUCUCAACUCACACAAGGCCCGAAGUCCAGAAUGCCCAGAAUAGCAAGGUGGCUGAGUUCCCCGGCGCCCGCGCACCCUACAUCUCUGAGCUGAAGUUCGUCAGCGAGACCAGCUACGACCCCAUCCCCAUAUACAGGGUGCUCGACCACAAUGGAGAGGUCAUCGAUAGUAAAGAAGAGCCGGCUAUUGAAAAGGACACCUUAGUUAAUAUGUACAAAACGAUGGUGCAGCUCAGCCAAAUGGACAAGAUAUUGUACGAGUCUCAGAGACAAGGUCGUAUAUCCUUCUACAUGACGAACUACGGCGAGGAGGGUAUCCACGUAGGCAGUGCCGCCGCCCUGUCUCCCUCGGACCUGGUGUUUGCGCAGUACCGGGAGGUCGGGGUGCUCCUGUACCGGGGCAUGACGGUCACAGAGAUCGUCAACCAGUGCUACGGCAACUGCGAGGACCCGGGCAAGGGGCGGCAGAUGCCGGUGCACUACGGCAGCAAGCAGCAUAACUUCGUCACGCUGUCUAGUCCGCUUGCAACUCAGAUGCCACAGGCGGUAGGCGCCGCGUAUGCUUUAAAGCGUGUACCCAACAACGAUCGCUGUGUGAUCUGCUACUUCGGCGACGGCGCAGCCUCCGAGGGGGACGCGCACGCCGCCUUCAACUUCGCCGCCACACUCGACUGCCCCAUCAUACUGAUGUGCAGAAACAACGGCUACGCCAUAUCGACACCGACGCGCGAACAGUACCGCGGCGACGGCGUCGCGUCGCGCGGCCCAGCGCUGGGCAUUUUAACCGCGCGCGUGGACGGAACCGACCCGCUCGCUGUAUACAACGCCAUCCGCGCCGCUCGAGACCACGCCUUGAGGCAUAACCGGCCCGCGCUUAUUGAGGCCAUGUCUUACAGAGUGGGUCACCAUUCAACAUCAGAUGACAGCACGGCGUACCGGUCCCUCGAAGAAAUACAGAAAUGGAACAAUGACGAGAACCCAAUACAAAAAUUCAAGAUGUAUUUAGAACGGAAAGGUUACUGGGACGCGGGUUCCGAUGAAGCGUUGCAGAAGGAAGCUCGGGACCUCGUCGUGAAGACCAUGCAACAAGCGGAGAAGAAGCAACUUCCACCCUGGAAGGAGAUGUUUGAGGAUGUCUACCACGACAUGCCACCCAGGAUACAGCAAGGCGUUUGACCACAAUCUCGCCCGAUGGAAAGCGAUGUUGAGGCCUAGGAUGGUACACGCCUGCCUAGAAGAUGCCUGUUCACUCUGGCUUUGAAGAUGUCCAGCUGUAUUGGUCCGGGAAAACAGACCUCGGUAAGGAGUUCCACUCCCUGGCCGUUCGCAUAAUGAAAGCGGAAGCAAAUCGCUUCGUGCGAAUGGGAGGAACUUCGACAACAUUAGGGAGAAAGCCCUCGGCUGGGCGUCCUGUGGUGGAAAGGGGAACUCAACAACUGCUCUGGGCUCGACUAAUGGAUCGACCGUAAUUAUGUACAAUCUAGCUUUGUAUUUAUCUCAAUUUAAUAUUAUUAUUUCAUUUUCAGGAAACAAGUCAAAGAACUGGAAGAUCACCUUGCGGUUUAUGGAGAACAUUACGCUCUAGAUACAUUUAAACCUGAAUAGACCACAUAUAUAUGAAGUUAAUUAUUCUAUUUGUUUACAAAAUGUUGUUAUAGUAGGUAAAUUAAAUGAUUUUCUCCAUUU